GGACCCCCUCGGCGAAGCAAGAACCCGGAGUCACGCCGAAGCAGGUACUUAAUCCCGAUCAACCCGCAGCCGGGAGGGAGGUGGGGACGGCCCCAGCCCCUUACAUCGGGCUGACCCUGGCACCGGGGGGGGGGGGACAGCAGCUUGGGCCUGGCCCCGGCCGUGGGCAGGGGGGGCCGGGGGGCGGCGGUGCCGGGGGCGGAGCGGCGGAAGGGAAGCGGGCAGCGGGGAGGCCCCGCCGCCGUCUGAGCAUGCUCGGGCGUGGGCAGCCCGGGCUAUAUAGCGGCCGUGCCGAGCCCCGCCGAGCCCAGCCGCUCUGCCGGGGCAGGCGGGACGCGAGGGGUUCCGCAUCGCCCGGCUCAGCUCCCAUCUCCCGGCUCAGCACCGCUCCUGUCGCCCGGUACCGUACCGCACCGCUCCCGUCACCCGGCUCGGCUCCGCACCGCUCCUCUCCCGUCGCCCGGCUCCGCUCGGCUCCCAUCGCCCCGGCUCCUCGCCGCUCCCCCCCCCCCCCCCCCGCCGGGACCCGGCUCCCGGCACGGCCGAGGCAGCGCCCCCCGCCCCGCCGGCCCCGGCGCCGCCCCCCGGCCCGGCUCGGUGCCCCCCGCCGGGCGGCAGGAUGGCCGCCAAGCCCGCCGAGCUGCUGGGCGUCUGCUCGAGCUACCAGGCGGUGAUGCCCCACUUCGUCUGCGUGGCCGAGGAGUUCCCCCCGCCCGCCCGCCCGGCCCGAGCCCCCCGGGGCAAGCUGCGGCGGCCGCGGCAGUCGCGCUUCAAGACGCAGCCGGUGACUUUCGACGAGAUCCAGGAGGUGGAGGAGGAGGGGGUGUCCCCCAUGGAGGAGGAGAAGGCCAAGAAGUCCUUCCUGCAGUCCCUCGAGUGCCUGCGGCGCAGCACCCAGAACCUCAGCCUGCAGCGGGACCGCCUGGGCAGCUGCCGCCUGCGCAACAGCCUCGACUCCAGCGACUCGGACUCGGCCCUCUGAGGGCGGCACGGCCCGGCCCGGCUCGGCACGGCUCGGCCCGGCCCGGUGGGACUGCGCCCGCCCCGCUCCGGCAGGGACCCGGCCGCAGGGAGGCUCGGCGGGGCGCCCGGCGGGCCGGGAUGUUUUCUGAGAAAGCGCUUGUACCUGCGUUUCUAUUCGAUUGUACGAAACUCUCCGCCUGAAAGACACACACACAAAAAAAAAAAAAAAGGGAAAAAAAAAUCUUUUCUAUUCGUUAGAAGAAAUAUGAGCUGUUUUAGAUGCGUCGAGCUGCUGGACUUUAUAUUUAUUUUUGCAUUUAAACUGUUGACUGCGUUAAUUUAAUAUGUUUCUACCUGAAUGUCUGUUAUUAUUUCCAUAAAAGAGUAAUAAAAUCCGAUAUAUUUGCACAGUA